CGCUUCCUGCCGUUCCACAAGCAUCAGCUGCGUGGUUUAGCAGGGUUAGCUAGCUGAUCCUAUUUUACAAAAUUUUCCUCAUUAAAGAAAACAAUCCAUUGUGUAACCUCUGGAAUCAUGUCAUACCACGACGACGAUGAUUACGACGGCUACUCAAACGAAUAUGACCUCCACACCGGUGAUCCAAAAGCAGACAUGGCUUUUGAGCGCCAGUAUGAACAGCAGACAUACCACGUUAUCCCAGAGGUGAUCAAGAAUUUCCUUCAAUAUUUCCACAAAACCAUCUCAGACUUGAUCGACCAGAAGGUCUACGAGCUGCAGUCCAACCGUGUGUCCAGCGAGAGUAUUGAACAGAAGAUCUAUGAGAUCCAAGAUGUCUAUGAAAACAGUUGGAAUAAGCUGACUGACCGCUUCUUCAAGACGUCUCCUUGGCCAGAUGCUGAGUCCAUUUCAUCACUUGUUGGCAACGAUGCUGUUUUCCUCAUUCUCUAUAAGGAACUGUACUACAGACACAUCUACGCUAAAGUUAGCGGUGGGCCCACAUUGAACCAGAGGUUUGAGUCGUACUACAAUUACUGCAACCUCUUCAACUACAUUUUGAAUGCUGAUGGCCCUGCCCCCUUGGAACUACCAAACCAAUGGCUCUGGGACAUAAUUGAUGAAUUUAUCUACCAGUUUCAGUCGUUCAGUCAGUACCGCUGUAAGACAGCCAAGAAGGCAGAAGACGAAAUUGAAUUCCUGAGAAACAACCCAAAGAUCUGGAACGUCCACAGCGUUCUAAACGUGCUCCACUCCCUUGUGGAUAAAAGUAACAUAAACCGUCAGCUUGAAGUCUACACCAGCGGAGGGGACCCCGAGAGUGUGGCGGGUGAAUAUGGGCGCCACUCCCUCUACAAGAUGUUGGGUUAUUUCAGCUUGGUGGGGCUGCUGAGGCUGCACUCUCUGCUUGGAGACUACUACCAGGCCAUUAAAGUGUUGGAGAAUAUUGAGCUCAACAAGAAGAGCAUGUACUCUCGUGUGCCUGAGUGUCAGGUCACCACCUAUUACUAUGUGGGCUUCGCCUAUCUCAUGAUGAGGCGCUACCAGGACGCCAUUCGAGUGUUUGCAAACAUCUUGCUCUACAUCCAGAGGACGAGAAACAUGUUCCAGAGGUCAACAUAUAAAUAUGAGAUGAUCAACAAACAGAACGAGCAGAUGCAUGCUCUGCUAGCCAUUGCGCUCACCAUGUACCCGAUGCGCAUCGACGAGAGCAUCCACACCCAGCUGAGGGACAAGUACGGGGAUAAGAUGCUGCGCAUGCAGAAAGGAGACCUGCAGGUGUUUGAGGAGUUGUUCAGCUUCGCCUGCCCUAAGUUCUUGUCUCCAGUAGUGCCCAACUAUGACAACGUCCACGCCAACUACUACAAGGAACCCUUCCAGCAGCAGCUCAAGGUCUUCUCGGAGGAGGUGCAGCAGCAGGCUCAGCUGUCCACCAUCCGCAGUUUCUUGAAGUUGUACACCACAAUGCCGGUGGCCAAGCUGGCUGGAUUCCUGGACAUGACUGAGCAGGACUUCCGGAUCCAGCUGCUCGUUUUCAAGCACAAGAUGAAGAACUUGGUGUGGACCAGCGGCAUCUCGGCUCUGGAUGGAGAAUUCCAGUCAGCUUCUGAGGUUGACUUUUACAUUGACAAGGACAUGAUCCACAUAGCGGACACAAAAGUGGCUCGCCGGUAUGGAGACUUUUUCAUCCGACAGAUUCACAAAUUUGAGGAGUUGAAUCGAACACUGAAGAAGACGUCAGCAAACAGCACCUCAGCCACGUCUGGGAGUGCCACAAGCCGAUGAAUCCAAACCUUAACAGGAAAGAGACCGGAGCAUUGACUCUUUACCCGUUGCUGUCAGGUUUCUUGAAAUCUGCUCUUGGUGACUUUUCUGUGUAAUUUGGAAACAAUAAAUCGGUGGACUUACAAACU